UUUCUGUGCGCCGAGCUCCGCCCCACGAGCACCUGUUUCCGAGCGGAGAGCGCGCGCCGUUUCCUCCCCUGGUGUCCUAUCGCGGCUUGGGACCCGGCAAGAUGGGCAAGAAGGGCAAGAAGGAGAAGAAGGGCCGCGGCGCGGAGAAGACGGCCGCCAAGAUGGAGAAGAAGGUGUCUAAGCGCUCGCGGAAGGAGGAGGAAGACCUGGAAGCGCUUAUAGCCCAUUUCCAGACACUCGAUGCCAAGAGGACUCAGACUGUGGAAGCUCCGUGCCCCCCACCCUCACCAAGGUUAAAUGCCUCCCUCUCGGUUCAUCCUGAGAAAGAUGAGUUAAUCCUUUUUGGAGGUGAAUAUUUCAACGGCCAAAAGACUUUUUUGUAUAACGAGCUCUAUGUCUACAAUAUCAGAAAGGACACCUGGACCAAAGUUGACAUCCCCAGUCCACCUCCAAGGCGCUGUGCUCACCAGGCGGUGGUAGUGCCUCAAGGUGGCGGACAGCUGUGGGUCUUUGGAGGGGAGUUUGCCUCUCCCAACGGAGAGCAGUUCUACCACUACAAGGAUCUCUGGGUCCUGCAUUUGGCCACCAAGACCUGGGAACAAGUCAAAUCAACAGGCGGUCCUUCGGGUCGGAGUGGACAUCGGAUGGUGGCCUGGAAGAGACAAUUGAUCCUUUUCGGUGGCUUCCAUGAGAGUACACGGGAUUACAUCUACUACAAUGAUGUGUAUGCCUUUAAUCUGGACACCUUCACAUGGAGCAAGCUGUCCCCGUCAGGGACGGGGCCCACACCCAGAUCAGGCUGCCAGAUGUCCGUCACUCCCCAGGGCGGCAUCAUCAUCUACGGGGGCUACUCGAAACAGAGAGUUAAGAAAGACGUGGACAAGGGUACGCGGCACUCCGACAUGUUCCUGCUGAAGCUGGAGGACGGGAGAGAAGCUCACACCCCAGUGAACCUGAACCUGGAUGCUGGACUGUUUCCCCCAGGGCGGCCCUCAGCCUGUGUGCUCGCUCCUCAGCCCCCAGGAGGAAAGCAUCUUGACAAGUGGGUGUGGACUCGGAUGAACCCUUCGGGGGUCAAGCCCACUCCACGGUCUGGCUUUUCCGUGGCCAUGGCCCCGAAUCACCAGACACUGUUCUUCGGGGGCGUCUGUGAUGAGGAAGAGGAGGAGAGCCUGGCGGGCGAGUUCUUCAACGAUCUGUACUUCUAUGAUGCCACCAGGAACCGUUGGUUUGAGGGACACCUGAAGAAACUCAGGAGUGGCUGGAGAAGACGGACUCGGAAGACGACAGUGAGGAGGUUGAGGGUGCCGAGGGUGGAGACGAGGACGAGGAUGAAGACAGCGGAGAGGAGAGCGGUGCGGAGGACUGAGGCUGUGACAAACCCCAUGCCCACGCUGCCUGCACUGCCGGGAGACUCGGGGCUGGGGGAGACAUGCCGCGGUCACCACUGCAGAGACUCGGGACUUCGGGAGGCAUGCCCUGGCCACUAUUGGUGAGCCAGAGAGACGAGGACCCCGCGCGUGCUGACCCGGGGACGCCACGGGACUCAGUUGAGACUGAGGACCCCGCGCGUGCUGACUCGGGGACGCCACAGAACUCGAGACUGAGGACCCCGCGUGUGCUGACCCGGGGACGCCACAGAACUCGAGACUGAGGACCCCGCGUGUGCUGACCCGGGGACGCCACAGGACUCACUCGCAAUUCCUGCUCACAGCACGUUUCCUGCUCGGAAACCAGGAGAGCCUCCAUGUGCCACCCAGCUCUGUCCACACAUCCAUUGCGCAGCUCUGCAGCGGAAGGAAGUUCAGUAAAGACGCUGGUUUGUAAUGAGAUAAGUGUUCCAAAGUGUAACACAAAAUUGCUUAUUACUAAAAGGAGCAGAAUUUCUUUUUAAUCUUGACAGUGUUCCUUGCUUUCAUAACAGUAUGAUUUAAACUGUUACAUUCAUUUAGGAAAACUAUUUGAUUUUCAUUUUGUAAGUAAUCAAGCUAUCUUUCCAGCUUAAAGAGAAAAGGCUCAGGGUAACUUUUUAAACCACUUAAUAAGAAAAGUUCUCUCUUUGUCAUUGCACGGAAUGAUUGUACACAGUAUUAGCAAGCCGUUCACAUGCGCCAGGGCUGACUUGGAAGGAAACACAGGUUAACACUGUUUUCUGUCCGAGUUCACAGAGGUGUUUGCAGCUGGAGUGAGGGUGCCUCUUCCGUGUGGCUCCCCUGAGCCGAGAGGCCCCUGUGGGUUUUUUCUCCGCCAGGCUCUGGGACAGGGUUUCUGUGGAAAUGGCAAAUGGUGCAGAUGAGCAGAGUCCUGCUAGAGAGG